AUGUCAAAAUUGGAGCCAACGUGGCAGAACCUUCCGUUCCACUUCAAACAGUCCGUCGCCGGACGGCUCAACUUCAGGGACAGGUAUUCGUUUUGUCGUUUUUGUUUUUCGUUCAAAUUUGGGUCUGUGGAGCCGAACUUUAAAGCCAAAAAGGAUCACUCAUUUUCUGAAGCGAUAGUAUACGAUUUUUGACCCGAAAAACCGCUCAAACCUCAAAAAAAAUGUGGUUUCCCUGCAGAUGUUGCCUCCGCAAAUGCUCCUGGAACGAUCUGCACUCCGUCGACUCGUCCACGAACAUUCUCGACUCGAUUUCGAUUUACGUCUCGGAGAAUUGCUCGAUCUUUUCGUGGUCCGACGACGGAUUGACAGUGAUCACUGUGAAGUAUUCGAAGAAAGAAGCGGACCGGAUCGAGGUGGAGUUCACGAACUCUCCGAUGCUCUACCAGCCGGGCAAGAACCAGAAAGUGAUUGAGAAGAUCACAAAAUCGUUCGAGAACACUGGAGGGUCGAUGCACUACGAGUAUGCGUUCCACGACUUUGCACUGGCCAUCCGAAAGUUGAAAGUGAACAAGUUUAUCGUGAAUGGACUCAUCCUCAAUACUUAUUCCAACUUUCCCUCCGUCGAUCACUUCCAACUCAUUUUCAACGAACACUUUCUCAAAACUCUGCAAUCGCAGACGCACAAGAUCCGCGCGCAGACGCUCCAUUUGAAGUGGCGAUCCGAGCAGCACGAGAUUCUCUCCGUUUUGGAGCACUUUGAGCCCGGGAAACUGGAGAAGAUUGAGUUUUCGCAGCGGAGAGCCACGUGGCAAAUGGACCGAAUCGUGAGAAGUGAGCAGUGGGAACGGGCGAACGGAGUACGGUUGGAAGUGCUCACGGAGCUGCCCAUCGAGCAGUUCCUUCACUUUUCCGACAUUCAGGCACAUGUCACCGAGCUGAGUGCCCAGGACAUUUGGACUGUUAUACGGGUGAGAGCAGCUACGAAGAAAUCCCAAAAAAGUCAACCAUUUUCUGUUCAUGUCUUCUUAACGAAGCAAAGAUGCACUGAAAAUCUGAUGAUGUUUGGUUUUCAGAAUUUUAUCGCCAAGAACCAACAUGGUGCAUCGUUCCAUUUCACUCAUCAGAACUCCGAAUCCGAUCUGCCCGCGAUCCUCGCCACUUUUGACGUUGCGCCGGUGAAUGAACCGAUUCACGCGCGGUCCCAAGUGUAAGUACAAGUCGAUUUUGUCAUUUAUGUAUUCAACAUUGAUAAUUUGCAGGAGACAAGCGUUGGCGGGCCGUUUCGAUCACACUCAACGCUUUGCGAUGCCGUCGAAGGACCUGGUCCUGGUGGUGAUGAUCUCGGAUCGCGAUAUUCUGGGAACAGUUUGCCACGUGGACAGGGUCAACGAGGAGGCGAAGGUCGAGGCGGACAGUUGA